UACGUGUUGUAGUUUUUUAUUCUGAACAUGAGUUCUGUUCAACAACUAAGCGCUAGGUUUAAUUUGCUGGAAAAUAAAUUUUCCGUCGAGUUAUACGUGUACCUUGAAGCGUUAGGGAGCUUUGUUGACAGACAAACAAAUGUCAGUAUUUUCCUUAAGGGGUUAAGAGGUUUGAAAGCUGACAUCCAAUAUAUUGAAAAACUUGCGUUACUAAAUCGGUCUUUGAAUAAAUUGGGCCUAAAUCAAGUAAAUUGCAGACAUUCAUGCAUUUUGAGUGCAAUCUUUAUCGUAUACAACAAUUUCUGUACAAUAACAAAAAAAAGCAAGUCGAUAUUCUUACAAAUCUUUCAAGAAAUGAUAUCGCGUUUGGAGACCGAGAAGUUUGACGGCGAAAAGUUUAUUGUCAGUUUACUAAAAUUAAAUUUCACACUGAAUGAAGUACUAUAUAAGAAAAAACCGUCAAGACAACGCUCCGACAUGAACCAUAUUUACCAACGAACCUCCAAUAUAUAUGAAGCACGAACCGAACCCCACCCACAUAGAAAAUUGGAAUCUGAAAAUCGUUCGGAAACAUAUGCUGCUAUCGUUCCGACCUUCCCAUCUUUAUGUCCUUCGAUGAACGUCGUUGAAGAAGAACUCAACGUGGAGGAGCGCAAGGCUGCAUGGGAAGACUAUGAGAACGACAAGAAGAGAGGCUUUAUGCCACCUGCCGGGCCACAGGGAACGUCGGUGAACCCGAGUCCUGCGUGGAACCAGCAGAUAGAGCUUAUUAUGCGGCAGCAGCAGCUCAAACUGAGGCAGUCAGUCAAUGAAAAUGAUGAAAGUGAAAUCCAACAGAAAAGUGUUGACGGUUCAGAAAAAUCACUUGACAGCUACCCAGAAGAUGGCCAGUUUGUGGAGACUUCAGAAAACGACCUUGAGCCUGAGCCAGCAUUUGUGCCAGAAGCUGGUAAUGAGCCUGAGCCAGCAUAUAUACCUGUAGCUGAUAUCAAGACAGAACCGGUGGAACCAGAAGAAAAUUACAGUUUGGAUGAUUACUCUGGAAACCUGAAUUUAAAUCCGUUUGCUAGUGAAUUAAAUGUGAAAGAUUCUUGUCUAACCCCCAAAGUAACUUUUGAGCCAGCACAACCUCCCAACACCCUUCCGAACGUGAUGUUUGGAAACGCUACUUCUGUGGAUGCUCAGAUGUGUCGAACAAGUGAAACAGAAACAGUUUACUAUCCUCCUAGUGAUACAUAUAGUGACAUUAAUACAAGUAACAACACACAUAUCUCUAACAUUAGGCCUAAUACCAGUAAUUUAACACCUCACAUUGAACUUCGGACUAACAGUUGUCAAGAUAAUGUAAAUUUCAGACCACAUGAUGCACACAUCAACGUACCACAAAGAGUGAUUAGCGGAUCUGAUGAGGAUUUCACCAGCUUGAAACAUGUUGUGCAGAAGUUGGAGGACAUUUCCAAUCGGCUGGCUUUUACGACAGAUCCGUAUGAAGAGUUUGGUAAAUAUCUCGCCACAUUGUUACGAGGCAUCCCGUACAACAAGUUUCUUUCUCUCAAGCAAAAGUUUGUCGACGAUGUGUUUAGAUCUAUGAUGGCUUUGCAAGAGAUUAACAGACCGACAACGGUACAAUCGGCAUCCAAUCUGCCAUCGGAAUAUUGGAGUGCUGUUAGACCGAAUCAAGUAAAUCCAUUCCAGUCUACUUCCAGUGGUGGGGUUUGUGUUGCUUCUUCCACCAAGCCAAAUAUUCCCUCUUGCACUGUGACUAAGGAUUUCUCAAACUCUGCAGUGCCUCUAACUGUUCCUAACCUCCCUACAGCCUCGUUUGCCCAGAUGUCGCCUAGAGUAACUGAGAACAGGUUGAGCGGAAGUUCAAGCAGCAAAUCUAACGGUAAUCUGAAGAGGCCAACAAACUCAUCCUCAAGAAAAUGUCAGAAAAAACCUCACAUUGAAGCUUUGCAGGAUCAUUCCCAGCAACAGUUUCACGUGUCUGCUCUGGGCGUUAUGGAGGAUCCAACUGCACAACCAACACAAAAUCCCUUGAGGGAUACAGGACUCGAAGACACCUUUGAAAUUGAAAUUGAGGAAAGUAAGGAGCUGCAAGAUAUAAAAGUAGAUAUCACCGGUACUGUAUGCAAAUCGGAGAUCCCUGAAGAACCAGAUCCACCACAAAAUCAUCUGGGAGCGAUGCAAAUUUGUGAACAAAUCUCUCCAACAGACAAGAAUACCUUGCCUAUUGCGGAUGGCAAAUCAAUGACUGAAUACUGUAGCCUCAAAAAUCCCACUACGAAUUUCACAUGUCAAAAAUGUAACUUGGACUUCCACUCAAGUAUAGAUUUGAAAAGGCAUUCCAUGGUUUCACACGCAGUCGCAGAUCAGAACACAGGUAACCGUGAUGAGACAGAUAUUAAAAUAGAACUGAUAAAACAAGAAUUUACCAAAAAAGAACAGAGAAAGCCUAAAAUUGUUGGGCCUGCUCGAAAGGCUUAUUUGCGGGCAAGGAAAAGAAAAUACAAUGAAAAGAAGCUUGAAAUGUCACUUGCAAAGACAACUCGCUCAGCAGGAAACCAAAGUAAAUCAAGAUUUGAGUUUCAACACUCAAAUCCUUGGCACACUAGGCAAAGUGCUGCCAUAUUUGGGGUACAAUCACAACAGUGGCCAACACAAGACUAUAUGUCAGCUGAAACUACUCGACGUCCUCCAAGUUGACAUAUGUGAAAGAGAAAUGUCACAUCUUAAAGACUGAUUAUGUAGAAUAACAAUACCAUGACAAACGAGUGCUUACAUGAAUGUAUUAGAGGAAUGUGCUGUAAAUACUUAAUUAUCAUUCAGAA